AUGGUGCCUAAUGCAGUUUCUUGGAUUUUGACAUGUAGAUGCUAUUUGAAGUUGUAUGAUUCUCCGAAAUCAACAGCUGAAGGAGAUGAGGAAAUGUCAAAGCUACCUCCUUCUCAGAAGAAGAAAAUUAGAAGACAGAGAAAGGCAGAAGCCCGAGCUAAGAAAGAGGCAGAGAGUAAAAAUGAAGAAUCAAGCAGUGGUGGUGUCUCCAAGUCUGGUAAACGUAAUGUUAAGACUGCGGAUCCAGAUCCUCAUGGAGAGAAGUUACUGCAGGUUGAAGAUCCACUGUCAGAGGCAUCAAAGUACUUGAGGCUGCUUCAGAAGAACUCGCCUGAUUCUUUGGAGACACACUUGCUUUCUUUUGAAGUAAACAUGAGGAAACAAAAAAUUCUACUUGCUCUCCAGGCUGUAAAGCAAUUGGUAAGAUUGGACGCUGAGAACCCAGAUUCACACCGCUGCUUGAUUAAAUUCUUCCAUAAAAUAGGCUCAAUGAGUUCUCCUAUAACAUAUGCUGAGAAACUUGUUUGGAGUGUUCUAGAAGCGGAGGGCCCGACAAUCAGUCAAUUGUAUGGUAGAUCGCUGAUGGAGACAAACAAGUCCUUUCUUGAUAAACAUGGGGUUUCUUUGAUGCAUAGAGCUGCAGUUGCAGAAAUGAUGUGCGUUUUAGAUCCUAGUAAGAAAGCUGAGGCUGUUAAGUUAAUUGAAGACUCAACCAACAAUGUAGUGCCAAUAAAUGGAGCCUUGGGAUCUGUCAGUUCCUGGAAACUCAAAGAGUGUAUUGCAGCACACCAACUCCUCGGAACAGUUCUUGUUGAUCCUGAUGCAGCAUUUAGAUGGAAAGUACGUUGUGCUGAGUACUUCCCAUAUUCAACCUACUUUGAGGGCAAAUGCAGCUCUGCAAUGCCGAACUCGAUCUACAAUCAAACUUGCAAGAAGACUGAGAAUGGGAGUCCAAGUCAUCGUGAAGUUGGUCCAAAUGCUACCUCUCUUGUAUCAAAUGGGAAACUUGAGGGAUUCAAGGACCUGACCAUCUGAAUAUUAAAAACAUCGUUAUGAGCUGACAUGAGGUUGAAGAUAAUGGAGUGUGACGCAUAACUUAAGGAAGUCAUGGCUCAAAAUAUACACAGCCUUGAGGAGAGUGGGUUUCUUCGGAGGAUCAUGCUGAGGUUUUGCACAAAGUCAGUUGACCCAUAGAUUCUCAUUUUUCACCUGUUCUCCUGUUGUGAAAUGCAUUCCUUUGCAAAUGUGUAUAAUUUCAUUUCUUAUGUCGAAGGGUCGAUAAUUUUCCAUUUGCUCAUCAUUGGAUGAGAUCUGAGAAAGGUUAGUGCCUUGGGCUUGCCCGAAAAAUCUGAGAUUAUUUAAUAGGUUGGGGGAGCACAAGAGAUUUUUUUUUUUUUUUCAAAGUCCUGGUCGUACAUCCCGUCAGCAAAAACAAUACCUGGUAGAGUUGAUCUUUGGAGCAUGUUGUACUUGAUUAAUUUAAUUAGGCAUUUUACCUUGUAUAAACACUCAUAUUUGUGGAAAAUUUUGCAAGUGAAUCGAAUGCAUAGGGGUUGAUGGUUGUUGCAGCCAUGUUUGAAUUUUA